UGUAAAAAAGAAGCACCCCACUGAGAUUGGGCAAAUGAGAGACGGGGUGGGUAGGUGAAGGAUCGUUGACCUAUCAACGUCUGCGUCCACCACGUGGGUAAGAAUAAGGCGGGAUCUUCUUUGCGAUUGCCUACCAAAGCCACCCAAUCAGCGCCGUGAUCGUCCACGUGAGGGAGAAACCGUCUUUGUUAGUGGUUUGACGUCAUCAGCAGCGACCAACCAGGAGAAGCUGCGCAGGAUUCUCGUUCUUUGGCAGUUAGAGAAGCCCGUUUCCCUCCCGCCCUUCCCCCAUCCUCAUUCCCCCCCCUUGAAAUCGACUGUUGGGAGUCGCGGGUUUUCACCCUUCCCCCCCUUUCUGAUUUUGAUCUGUCGGUGUGGCGGGAGUUGAACCUACGAUGAGCGGGGACGGUGGGAACUGGGACCCACCAUCCCCGGCCUCUAAGCAACGGCGCUUAGACCCGGCUUGUCAGUCGCAGAAGGAAACCGAGGCUGCCCAGGCUCUGGCUGACAUGACGGCUUGGGGUGGCGCGAGCCUUGAAACCGUCAACCAGCAGGAGGCGCGCGAAACUGCCGCGGCUAAGGAGAGCCUGGAAACGAUGGGCCAGCAGGGGGCGCGCGUAACCCCCGCUGCAGUUGAUCAGCGAGGCCCUCCCGUGAAGGACUCGGGGACUCGAGAUGGCCGUGCAGGCGGGGACCGGGAGACUGUCCCCCACAGAGAAGGGGAGCAAUGGAGCGCCACGGAGGGCACGGAAGCUGCCAGCGUGACGCGAGGGGACCUAGAAACCGUCACCAAUGAGACAAAGCGAGGCCUAGACACCACCUGUGUGACAGAGGAAGCUGGGGAUGGCCGGGAGAGCAGGAGGAAGAGGAAGGAGGCCAGGGAGAGGCGGCGGGCCGUCGAGGCGGCAGCAGCAGAGGAUGAGUGCUCAAUCAUCUCGGUGGGGGAAGAGGACGAUGAGGAAGAGGAAGAUGAGGAUGGAGGAAGGUCACAGCCGCCUCGCAAAACCGAGCAAUACCUGGAAGCGCUGGAGGCUGUGCAACUGGAACUGGAAGCCGUGAACCAGCAGGCCAGCCGCGCCUUUGCCCAGCUGAAAGCCAAGUUUGGCCACAUGCGACGCCCACACUUGGAGCGGCGCAACCUCAUCAUCCAGAACAUCCCUGGCUUCUGGGUCACUGCUUUUCUCAACCAUCCCCAGCUUUCAGCCAUGAUCAAUGACCGGGAUGAAGACACCCUGAGCUAUAUGACCAAUCUGCAGGUUGAGGAUUUCACCCAUGCAAAACCAGGCUGCAAGAUCAAGUUCUACUUCAACAGCAACCCUUAUUUCCAGAAUGAGGUCAUUGUGAAGGAGUUCCAGUGUGGUUCCUCUGGGAGGCUAGUGUCCCACUCUACACCCAUCCGCUGGUGGCGUGGCCAGGAUCCACUAGCUCACAGCCGGAAGAAUUUUGAGUUGGGGCGCAGCUUCUUCAGUUGGUUCUGUGACCACAGCUUCCCAGCAGGAGACCACAUAGCUGAGAUAAUUAAAGAGGACCUGUGGCCCAAUCCACUGCAGUACUACCUGAUGGGGGAAGGUGGUGAAAAUGGUGAAGAAGACAGUGAGACAGAGAAUGGUGAUGACUUUGUGGUGAUUGUGGAUGAUGAUGUUGAAGAGGAGGAGGAGGAAGAAGAGGAGGAGGUGGCAGAUGUGCAUGAGAUCAUGGAUGAGGAGGAGGGUGGGCAAGGUGAAGCUGUGGAAGAGGUCCUGAGUGGCCAAGAAGAGGAUGUUGCUGGUCCCAGGACCUCCCUCCAUAAGGAGCCAGAUGGAAGAGAUUCUGAGCCAGAAGAAGACUGCUAGAUCAUUAUGGAAGGACGGUGUGUCUGGUUGGACUUUCCCAUGGUGACCUCAGUGGCACUUUGACUCUGACCAAUUGCACUUGGACGUGGCAGGAUAUGGUGGUGGAAGGGUUCAGGAGCAGUCACAUUGGUUAUUUUGUACCUUUAUUUAUUGCAGUGACUGCAUUUCCCUCCCUGCCCUCUUGGGAGGGUCACCACACACCAGCACUCCCCCCUUAAUUGUCUGAUGCUUAGCAUCUCUGCCAGCCUGUCUGCAUGGGGGGGGGGAGCUAUAUGCAUACUUUUCCUGUCCCCUGGUGGCUACUCAGGGUAUAGCCUGCCCAGUGGCCUUUUCAAAACAGCUCAGGGUUCCCUACUUCCAUUCAGCAUUAUUAAGCUGCUGACUUUCGCACCUUCCCUUGACUUCUGCCUGUGAGGAUUCUACUCGCCCUGUAAAUGCUUCAGCUUUAGAAUGCCUGCUAGAGGCCAGUUAGAGCCUCCUGCAGUUGAAACAUAGUCCCUACCUUGAUUUCUCCCUUUCAAAAGAGUAAGGCCCAACAGUUUUGGGAAUAUUCUGUGCCAGUACUCUGCCAAUUCAAAAUCAGUUUAAAAUAGUCCCUGUUGAUUCAGAUGCUGGCCUUGCACCUGUUGGCUUAGUCAAAGCAAUAACAACUCUGUGGUUGCACACUGUUCUGCUUGGGGAUUGCAUAUAAGGGAAGGAAUCACUGGCUAGGAGAAGGGUUGAAGUGCUCUGCCUUGUAGUAAGUGCUUUCCAAAAUGUUCCAGAACACUGUAGGGGUGGUGGGGACAAUGUUUCUUGCAACAGCAUGGCCCUAAGGAGAUGUAUGUGAUUUUUACCCUGCCCUUCUAAUCUUUGUAUGAAUGUAUACAAUUUCCUGGCAAUGUUUCUAAAGCAUCACUUCCAAUUGGACCCUUUCCUUAUCAUCUGCAUCCCAUGGAGGCUGUUCUAUGCAAUGCUACUGAUAUUUGUAGAAAGGCAACUGUUUUCCUUGGCUGAGUUUUUUGUAUAUUUCGUAUCAGGACUUUGUACGUUUGUUCUUUUUUUUACUACAAAAAAAGCACUUAAUAUACUGAGAGCUUUC